AUGACUUAUUUUUCUUCUUUUAUUGUUAUUAAGGAAAUGGAAACCAGUGGAGAAGGAACCAAAUUUCAGUGCAAGCUUGUAGGGACAACAGGUGUCCCUAGCCCAGAGGGUGUGGAUAUGUGUGCUGAGGCUUUUAGGAAAUUAAAGGCUCAGGCAAAGAAAAAGUGGCCGCACAAAGAGAGGGUGACACUGACUAUUAGUUUGGAAGGUAUCAAGAUAGAGGAUGAAACUUCUCAAAAAGUGCAGCAUAUGCAUCCUGUCAAGAGAAUAUCAUUUGUCACUCCUGACCCAGAUGAUGAGAAAAUAUUUGGUUAUGUUUGCAGUCAGCCUGAUUCUUCCACUGGAUAUACAUUUUAUGCUCUGAAGUCAGGAAAUGCACAGAUCAUAAUUGAUGCCAUUGUUGAACUUUUUGAAGUAUCAGUAAAUCUUAAACAAAGGGCUGGAUCAGCAAAGAAGCAGGUCCUCAGCAAUUCAUCAAAUGCUACUGAGUGCAGAACCAUUAAUCGAUUCUUUUAA